GCAGGCACAGAAGCCAAUAGUGAUUAGAAAACCUUAAAGCCUGACCAACGAUCGUGGGCUGGAGGUGGCUUCUCGUUUGUUGGGGCGUGUGUAUGUGUAUUUGGGGGGACUGAGGGGUACGUGGGGGCGAAACAAGACGGGACAUGGCAGCAGCGGAGGAGGAGGAUGGGAGCCCCGAAAAGCCAAAGGGCGGGGCGGGCGCGACCUUCGAAUGUAAUAUAUGUUUGGAGACUGCUCGGGAAGCUGUGGUCAGUGUGUGUGGCCACCUGUACUGUUGGCCCUGUCUUCAUCAGUGGCUGGAGACACGGCCAGAGAGGCAAGAGUGCCCAGUAUGUAAAGCUGGGAUCAGCAGAGAGAAGGUUGUUCCACUUUAUGGUCGAGGGAGUCAGAAGCCCCAGGAUCCCAGAUUGAAAACUCCACCCCGCCCCCAGGGCCAGCGACCAGCUCCAGAGAGCAGAGGGGGAUUCCAGCCAUUUGGUGACACCGGGGGCUUUCACUUCUCAUUUGGUGUUGGUGCUUUUCCCUUUGGUUUUUUCACCACUGUCUUCAAUACCCAUGAGCCUUUCCACCGGGGUACAGGUGUGGAUCUGGGACAGGGUCACCCGGCCUCCAGCUGGCAGGAUUCCCUCUUCCUGUUUCUCGCCAUCUUCUUUUUUUUUUGGCUGCUCAGUAUUUGAGCUGUGUCUCCUUCCUGCGCAACUCCAGCCAAGCAAGAAUCAGUAUUGGGGGUCCCUGCUGACCCUUCCUUACUCCUGGAUGCCUCCCUAAUCCCUCCAUUUCUGUUGGCUAAGGCCAGCCCUGGCCACUCUCCAGGAGGGCUUGGGGAGGGGGAGUAACAUCUGUGCAUAGGAUGGGAGAGCAUUCUGCUCUGAACUGCUCGCUCAGUAGCAUCAUAAUUCCCAACUCUGAGGGAGAAGGACAGACUGAAGACAAUGUCUGUUUCUCCUCUCUCCUAAUCCUUUGCUUUCCCUUAGAUUUCUUGAUCUAAUGUUGAAAGGUAGGCAAGACGCCCUCUGACUCUCCCCCCCCUCUUGUUGAUUUAAUUUUUCUCUCCCCAGAGUCUAAUAUGGGUUUGACUCUUAAGUACUUCCUCCCCCUCACUACCUCUUUAUUACAAAUUCAAUAAAAAAGGUGAAAUGUA